CCUCUUUCUUCCUGCACCUUCUCCUCCCAUCGACACAUUUAGAAAAUUCAAGGAGCCGGCUCAACCUUCUUAUUUUCUUCUUCGUUUCUUUCCCCCUCGCAUCUCUUCGGCCUCUUUUUUUUUAACAUCUUCGAUUCGCCUCUCUCCUCCUUGAUUGAUACCCUUUUCCAUCGUACUCUAUUUCUUUGCACUCGUUUUGGUAGUAGCUGGGCUUUUCCCUCGUCUCCGCUUUCUUGAUUGCCCUCCACGCUCGUUGUCGUCGACUCGUCCAUCGCAUGCACCUCUCAGCUGCCCGUUUCCGAAGCUAGCAGUUCGACGCUUCGAUCCUUUAUCAUGAAUAAAUUGGCCAACAUGCGUCACUGGUCCGAGAGGAUGAGCCCCAAUUUCGGAAUGGGCCGCCCCAACCCCAACCUGGCCAUGAACGCCAUGAACCCUCAUGGGAAGAACGCUGCCCAAGCUGGCGCUCCCGUGCCCUCGCCGCAGGCCGCCGACGCCACGAUUCAAUAUUCUUUCAACGUCCCAUUCGCUUCAGAUCUGGUUGGCCCCAACACCGAGGAUAUUCUCCAUGCUACCACCGACGCCGUUCUCCGCUGGACUCACCCCGAAGACGCUCCCGAUGAUGUCCAGGUCCACGAACUCCCCGUUCACGCCCAGAACCUGACCAACCUGCAUAGACUAUGUCGAGAUCUAUCAGGCGGCCCGUUGCCCAUCGAGGCCUCCGUGCUAUCUACAACGCCGAAGAAUGGCCGCGGCCAGGUCACCACCGUCUGCCUCUCCGGCUCACCCGAGUUGGUUAACAAGAGCAGAGAAACAAUCCUCAAUGAGAUCCCCAUAGCCAUGCGCUGCACUGUCAUUGACAUUGACGGCAAACUUGUAUGUGACCUCAACGCAGGCGUCCUCAAAACGCCUGUCACAGAGACUCUUGAUAAGAUUUCUGCAUUUUGCGGCGUAGACAUCUUCCUUCUUGGCCCAAAGCUCACGCCUAUGCUUGACGGUGUCACUGGCGACUCUGAGAUGCGCAUGGAUCAGCGUUGGAGAAUUGCCAUCUAUGGAGACAUUUUGUCUUCUGAGCAUGCAAAAGCUCGCGUGUUGAUUCACAUUGAUACUUUGCUCGGUCGACUUGUUGAUGUAACAAGAGUUGAGCUAUCGCUUCACCAACUUGUCUGUGGUCGACACCGUAAGACAAUUAAACUUAUCGAGUCAUCCACCGGUACUGCCAUCUACUUCCCCCCCAUCGUCUCACAGAUGUACCGAUUUUGCCCCGCAAAUGCAACUCGUCGCGAUCCUUCCGAAAUCUUCAUUACUGGCGAAUCCACGCAGGCUAUUGAACUUGCCAAGCAAAAGCUUCACGAGACGGUCUCACGAAUCCGCCUCUAUGUUAAGGAUGUUACUAUCCCUGCGGCUAAGAUUGAUAGCAUUCUGCUUGAACGUCUUGAUAAGGUUCGCAAGAUUCUCGAGGCCAAUGGAACCUACAUCAUGUUCCCCCCACUUGCUUGCCAGCGCACCAUGGUCAGAGUGCACGGCAGCGAGGGCCUUCCUGUAGAGCGCACUGUUCGAGAGCUCAUGUCACUGGCUGGCCAAUUUUACAGCGCUGGCUGGUUUAUCCAACAAGCUGAGGCUAGACAGAUGCUCAACCAAGACGAUGCGCAGGCAAUGCUCAGCGAAAUUUGCGCAACCUCUGAUGCCGAUGUUUCCUUCGACAAGGCUACAUUUACCAUCACGGGCUCGGAUGACGCUGUUAAAUCUGCUUUAACCGUUAUCGCCGGAAUGAAAUUCGUCACCCAAACCCAGUAUCAAAUUCGCGUCAAGAUUGAAUUGGCCAAUGAGCAUAAGGAAUUUGUAAGCGGAAAGAAGAAUGGCAAGAUCAACAAAAUCAUGGGACAGAGCAAUGUUCAGAUUAUUUUUGAUGGCUUCAACGAAUACAAUUUCAACAUCGACGUUAUGGCUGCGAGCUACGAUUCACUCAAGCAAGGCUUGUCCUUGGUCGAACAGGAGAUGCCGGCCUCAAUCUCGUUCCACGUCCCCGACCAGUACCACAAGCGAAUCAUCGGUAUUGGUGGCCAACAUAUUCAGCGUAUUAUGAAGAAGCACUCCGUCUUUGUCAAGUUUUCCAAUGCAAUGGACAGGGGUGGCAUGGGGCGUGAAGAUGACGACCUCAAAGUUGAUAACGUCAUCUGUCGUACUCCUGCUCGUAAUGCGCAGAACUUGGACGCUGUCAAGAACGAAAUUCUCGAAAUGGUUGACCGUGCUGAUUCCGAGUACACUUCUCAAAUUGUCAACGUCGAUCGUCUGUACCACCGUGAACUCAUUGCCCGUCUUUCACAGAUCGAUGAGGUCGAGCAAAAGUAUAACUGCAAGAUUAGCUUCCCUAGCACCGAACAGGCAAGUGACGAGGUCGCUGUGACAGGUCCACAAUGGCAGGUGCCCCAUUGUGUGGAUGAGUUCCUCGGAAUGGUUCCUGAUAAACACGAACUCGUGUUUGCCAGGAACCCGGAUCUUGUUCAGUUCCUCGAGUCGCCCGAGUUUGUCCAUGAUCUCAUCCCCAAGCUCAAAGCUCAGUAUGAAGUCGAAGUCACCGUAUACCAGAAUCCCGAUGAGGUUACCGAGGAUGGCAAGCCAACCAUCACCCUUGUCUGGGGCUUCACCCGCAACAAUGCUGGUGGUCUGCGCGACGCGGUCGACUUCCUUCAAGCUCAAUUUGCCACGGCCACUGUUGACGCUCUUGUGGUAAAGGGAUCCAUCCCUCGACCCCAGUCGGACUCUUUCGAGGACUCGCUCCAGUACUUCGAUUCUAAGUUGCUUCAGCAUGCUCCUGCUGCUGUCGGCACUGAUUCCCCAUCCAAGGCAAGCUUCGGUGCGGAUAUUGCCCGUGAACGUAGCAGCAUCCUCGACAGACUUCGCAAACCUGGAAGUAUGACUUCCAUCUCUUCUUUCCUAGACCGCAGAAAGAACAGCUCUCACUCGGCUCAUGCCAGCUUCUUCAAGGGCUCCACCAACGUUUCCAAGUCUUCUCUCAUCUCUAUCGAGUCGACUAGAAGUUUUAACGCCGACCGCAACCCUUGGAAUGACAGCGGCGUGAACUUGCCAGAUGAAGAGAACCCCUGGGCUCCUCGCCACUUUGGUAUGCAAAUGGACAACAAGUUGACCAUCCCCGUCGCCGGCGACGUUACCCCUCGACACAGUACGCGGGCAUCUGGCGACAGCGGGCGGCCAUCAACUUCUCAUUCUUUGAAUUCAGGAUUCCAUGCUCCCGUUGCACCAUUCCGUUAAAUCCCGAGUUAGACGACAUGCAUCACGCACCCCAGCUAGAAAUACCAAGGCGCAGAAAAUGAAAUACCCGCAGGCAUUUGGCGGUAUCCGACACCGCAAAUGGACUGCUUUGUUCUUGUUUAUGUAUUGUUUUUAUACCUUAUUUGUUUUUUUAACCUCAUGCAGCACAUCGUGCUGCCUUUCUGUUUCAUUGUUUUUGUUUAUUAUUAUGAUGAGAUGGAUUAUCAGGAGAAAUGGCGACGACGCCGGCAACGACGGCAUGGCCAGCGCUGAUGACAGUUGGUCAUCGUCUUUUUAUACCCCAUACCAUUUGCUUUUGAAGGAUGGAAACUAUGCUUCUUUGGUGAGAAGCAAAAUAAAAUACCCCUGGUGCGUUUGGAGAGAUAGCUGGGAGAGAGUAUACUUUUGCUAGCCGUUAUCUAUGGGCUCGAAUCUGAAUACAAAGCGUCUACAGUCGUGCCUAAGUUGCUACUUUCAUUGUGACGAUGACAGUGCUAUUGCUUGUUUAUCUGAAUAGCGCCUGUAAAAAGAUUGAAUAAUUGCUGUUUAAGUAGACGGUAUGGAAUGUUUAACCUGCUCAUAUUCAAGGGUAGUCGUUUCGUCUAGAGAACGGCCAUUUAAUGUAAUAAAUAUACAAUAUUGUACAACAGUAUAAUACAAUAGAGCUCUGUGGCCCCUAAGUGCGAAGCGGUCCAACACGGACGGUUUCUCUGUUUUGUCUUUCGUCCGCAACACUAACUUGUCGCUGCCUACGCUUUUGCUCGGCCUCUAUGCGAGCGAACUGCCCUCUUGCGCCAUGCUUCAGCUUGGUGAUCAUGUCUGCGGCCUUGCCUUUGGUCAAGUCCUUUGCUUGCAAUUCCCUAGCACCGCCUCUCAUCUUGUUGAUGAAAUCGAGCUGGCCCUGUGUUGGCGGCAGGUUGCGCCAAGGUUGAUGGCGGUGGAUAAACGUAUGCGGGAAUGCCUGGGCUGCAUAGCUGUCUGCUCCAUGAACUGCAUCACUAAAUGUUGCAGCGGAGAGAAGCUCGCGAGGAGCAGCAAAGGGCGACUUGGACAUGCCAGCAGGGAGAGCCCGCACCUCCACAGCACGGUAAGCUGGCAUAUUUUGGCCCCUCGACUCCGUCAUACGCUCUAUUCGUAGGUACGAUCCGCUUGGCGCUGAUAGUACAAAUCUCUCUGGGCCGACCUGCACCCACGAGUAUUUGCUGGCUUGCCGUAUAUGCUUUUCGCCAGACGUGUCGGCUAUCAGAUCAAGAACUGACGAGUAGUCCGUAAAGGUGACAGCUCGUGAUGGUGACUGUGGCGUAAGGAGAGAGGAUGCUGCAGCAGCUUGCUUAUCUUUGGCUGCUUCUCGGCGGCUGCUCAGCUUGCGCAUUUCUUUGACUGACGCGGCGUUGACCAACUCGUUUGGGUCCAGCCCGAAAAGUGUUGGGGUUGUUACUAUGCCAGUCUCUAGACUUGAAACCAUGUCAAUGAUGUGGCAGUUCUUUUUGCCUGGGUAUAAUCGCAUGCCACGUCCUAUCAUCUGGACCAGCAAGUUUCGAGAUCUUGUCGGUCUGGCGAGAAGAAUACAGUCAAUAUUGGGAAUAUCUGUCCCUUCCGUGAAGACUCCACAGUUGAUGAGAACAGGGAAUUCACGUCUUUUGAAAGAGUCGAGGAUAGCUGUACGCUCUAGCUUGGGCGUAUCUCCUGUAACGAACUUGGUGUCGUAUCCGUAGCUGCGAAAUGUUUCGGUCAAGCCAGCAACAUGCGCCAAGUCGACGCAAAAGACAAGCGUUGAUAAUCGGUCCGACGCUUUGGUAAGCCAACUCUUGACUGUCAUGUCGUUCACCUCGUGGGUAUUGACAGCCUUGGAUAGUUCUCCAGUUUGGAAGUCACCAAAGGCGCCCGCUUUGACCGACGAAAGGUUCGCUGAGGACUCGACAGUUGUAAAUACGACGUCCGAUAGCCAUUUGUCGGAGAUCAUGUCGACAUAAUCUUUAUGAUAGACAAUCUCAUCAAUCGCAGCCCCGAGUUUGACGCCAUCGAAUCUCGAAAAGGUAGCCGAAACGCCAAUGAGAUUUGGCGAGUCCUUGUUCUUUUGCUCCAACCCAAAGUGCUUUAGUGUUUUGAGGUAGCUUGACGCAACGAUAUGGUGUGCCUCAUCCACCAGCACAAGCUUGUAAAGUGCCGGGUCAAACUUUUCUAGUCGGCCCUUGGAGGUGAUGCUCUGAACGCUUGCGAUAGUGAUAUCUGCCUGUCCAGACGCGUGCAGCGACCCCAUCUCAAUCUCAAUGCGCUUGUCUGGGUAGGCUCUCUGGCAGUGAACAGCGGCUUGUUCAACAAGCUCACGGCGGUGAGCCAGAAUUAGUGACUUAUCAGCGCCUCCAGGCCGACUGUGGACCUUGUCGAUGAGCUGAGUGAAGAUGACCUUU